AUGUACAUGCAGUCAAUAAUUUCACCAGGGGAGAUUGGAAAUCCUACUUUCUAUAACGCAAGUUCAAGUCUGGAAUGUCUUCGAAUUUGUCGUAAAACAACGGCUGGAGAGCUGUUUAAUUUCAAUUCUUCUCAACCAGGCUGCACGUGCUUCUCCGGAAGCUCAGUGAACGCAGAUUUCAGUGAAAAUGGCAAUGGUGUUGGAAUGUAUGGAAAGUUGAUUGCAUCGUACCCAUAUGAUUGUCUUGACGCCUUCAACCACGGAGAAACAGCUGAUGGAAUAUAUAGUAUCCAACCAAUGGGUGGCCAGCCAACAACAGCCUGGUGUGACAUGGCAAACGGCGGCUGGACAGUCAUCCAACGACGAAUGGACGGUUCAGAGAACUUCGAGAGGCUAUGGGCAGAAUAUGCAGCCGGGUUUGGUAGCCGGGGAGGUGAAUAUUGGCUUGGUCUCAACAAUAUACACCUCCUCACAUCUGUUUCUAGCUCGCUGGAGAUUGAACUAGAAGCUUGGCCCGGGGAACCGACAUUGACUGACUACGAAAGGUAUACCAACUUCAGCGUCGGUUCAGAGGUUACAAAUUUCACACUACAUGUUGACGGAAUGAUUCCAAGCAAUGACAGCUGUCAUCCUAUGCCUGAAAGUCAGUUGAUUGAUUUUCAAAAUGGACGACCGUUUUCUACAGAAGACAGAGAAGCCGAAGACUCUACUGACCAGUGCUCAUGGAGUACAAGAGGGCCUUGGUGGCACGCAGCUGACUGUUUCCCACUUUCGCUUAACGGUGUGUACUUCGUGGGUGGCACCUACAACACCACUCGCUGGUUGUACGAAGGAAUUGCGUGGUACAAGUGUUGGGACUACACCUACUCACUAAAGACAAGCGUGAUGAAAAUCAAGAGGAAUUAA